AUUUUAUUUCAGUUGAUAAUGGCAUCCUCUCCUCCCGAAGUCUCCUCAACAAUGCCCAAUGCAGUAACAUCUCAAAACUCCAUUGACAAUCAGCUUUCAACGGAUGAUCAUAUUGUUACAAAUUCAUCAUCAAAUGCCAAUGACAAUACUGACAUUGAAGGUGGAAGUGGAGAUGGUGAAACAGGUGGAAGUGGAGAUGGUGAAACAAGAGCAGAAGAUGAUUUGAGCUUUCAGCCGAAGAAAAGACAAAAGACAUCAAAAGUUUGGUUGGAGUAUAAUGUAAUUGAUGACGUGAAUAAAGCCGAGUGCAAGCAUUGCAGAUCUAGACUAUCUAUUUUGAAGAGCAAGAGUACUACCCACCUCUCAAGACACUUGGCUUGUUGUUUGAAGCGAAAGCUACAUCAGAAGCAACAACAAAAGAUUUCACUGGAGCCUAUCAAUGAAAAUAGUGUUUCCAUGGCUUCCAUUGCUCUCACGGAUGGAAAAUUUGACAUGAGAAAAAUGAGGGAGGCAAUUGCUCAUUGGAUACUCAUGCACGAGCAUCCAUUUACUAUUGUUGAAGAGGAAGGGUUUAAUAUGAUGCAGAAACGUGCAGCAUUGGAAUGGGAAAAGGUAUCACGCAAUACAAUCAAGAAAGAUUGUACUCAAGUGUAUGAUAUUGAGAGGAAGAAGCUGAUGGCACAACUAAAGAGCAUCAACAAGAUUAGUGUGACUACCGAUUUGUGGAGAUCAACGAAUCAGAAGAUCGAAUACAUGGUACUUACUGGACAUUUUGUUGACUCUUGCUGGAAAUUGCAAAAAAGAAUUCUUAGUUUUGUUCAUCUGCCACCUCCUCAUCGUGGUGUUGAGAUAGCGGAUAAUCUUUACAAGUGUAUGAAGGAUUGGGGUAUUGAGAAUAAGGUGUUCACCAUUUCAGUCGACAAUGCUUCAAACAACGAUGUGGCAAUUCGCAUAUUGGCGGACACUUUCUCAAGAAACAAGAAGUUGCUAUGUGGAGGUAAACUAUUCCAUGUGCGGUGUUGUGCACACAUCUUGAACCUUAUGGUUCAAGAUGGACUUUCGAGGAUUGCUUACAUUAUUGAAGACAUACAUGAAAGUGUGCUUUUCAUCAAUUAUAAUGAGGCAAGACUUCGGGCAUUUUCUGAAAUUGUGCAGCAGUUACAACUACCACAUCGGAAGCUUGUUCUCGAGUGCAAAACAAGAUGGAAUUCCACAUAUGAAAUGCUGUCAACUGCCAUCAAGUUCAAAGAGGUGUUUCCAAGAUACCAAGACCGAGAGCCGCGAUAUACUUGUUGUCCAAGCAAUGAAGACUGGGUGAAAGUUGAAAAGGUGUGUACCAUAUUGCAAGUAUUUGAUUCAGCCACUCGUAUCAUAUCUGGGAGUGAGUAUCCAACAUCAAAUCUGUUUCUGAAUGAAGUUUAUCGAAUCAAAGUGUUGUUGGAUAAGAUUCAUAAGGAUGAAACUGAAGAACCCUUUAUUCUUGACAUGGUUGGAGCUAUGAAGAGUAAAUUUGACAAAUAUUGGGGAGAGUGCAACUUGUUGAUGGCUAUUGCUGCUAUUUUAGAUCCGAGGUGUAAGAUGACGGUCAUUGAGUAUUGUUUUCCCAAGAUGUAUUCCAAAGAAGAAGCUCGUGAAAAAAUCAAGAAAGUGAGGGAUGCAUUAUUUGAGCUGUAUGAUGAAUAUGUGGCAGACAUGUAUUCUGAUAUUUCUACACAAAGUGGGCAAAUUAUUGACAAUACCAAUCGCACAAGUGGAGUUCAAGAAGCUUCGGGUUGGUCCGAGUUCAUUCAACAUGUGAAAUCUGCUCAAACUAGUAAGCCACAACAGUCAGAGUUGAGCAACUACUUGGAAGAGGGAUGUCAUAUUUGUGAAGAUAUGUCAACUCCAUUUGAUGCUUUAGAAUGGUGGAGAACGAGUGCAUUGAAGUAUCGUAUAUUAUCUAAAAUGGCUCGUGAUAUAUUAGCUAUUCCCGUAUCAACUGUGGCAUCAGAAGCUACUUUUAGCGCAGGGGGUCGAGUUAUUGAUACAUAUCGAGCCUCAUUGAAUGCCGAUACAGUGCAAACAUUAAUUUGUGGAGGAGAUUGGUGUCGUAGUCUUCAUGGUGUGAAGAGAAAGAACAAAAGUGAGAAGAAACCUUUGGAGAUUAUGCUACCCACUUCUUGAAACCCUUAACACGGUGUUCGACUGUUGGUAUUGGAGAGACGACUUCAUGUUGUAGGCUUGUGGCACUAUCUAUAAGAAGAAGCUGCAAAUUUAUGUUUUUAUGUUGUAUUUCGUAUUUUCAUUCAAGACUUGUUAGUUGUUACUUUUUUAUGUUAUAUUUCAUAUUUUCAUUCUAGACUUCUUA